GUCACUAACUGUUACUUAACAUCUCUGUACCGUGACAUAGGUUACACAGUCUACAUAUACCGAGUAUAUAACAUGUAGUUAAAACAAUACGCAGACGAUGGAAUUGAUUUAAUUUAACUGAUUAUCUUCCGUAAUUACGUUGCCAUUUAGAAGUUAUCGUAAGUUGGCGUUUGCUCGAGGACAUGACCAUUCUUCUAUGAACUGAAACAUUGAUGACCUUGCCAGUUUAGACAGGAUGUAUUCUUUAAAGUUAUUAUCAAGUCUUAAUGGACACUGCCAGAUGAUUGCACCAUCAUUACAUCAAGUUUGUCAUAAAGCCAGCAGCUCGCUUCGACAGUCCAUCAAUUUCAAGUGCCAUAACUGUGGUCAUGUGAUCAGAAAUUUCACCAAAACCAGGACUAACUUUUCAUCAUUGAAUGAAAGUGACGGCAAAGACAAAAACUAAAGUGAAAUAUCGUAAAUCAAAGUAUUUUUUAUCGAGUGUAGGAGUAGUUUCUUUAGGUUUUGGAGCUUAUUAUGCAUCUAUCACAGAGCAAAAUAAGCGAAAAGUUCGAGUACUUCUUGGUGGUUGUGUUCGAUUCUUAAGGUCGUUAAAGAUAGGCCUUCUUAUAUCUGCGGACUAUAAAUGGAACCUGUGGAAUCUGGACGAGAUGUCUGAGGAGUAUGAACAGGCCAUUCGUCCUUGUCACAAGCGGGCUGCAGAGAGGAUGCUGUUAGGAUGUCUCCAGAACGGUGGCCUUUAUGUCAAAUUAGGACAGGGCAUGGUGUCCAUGAACCACAUCCUUCCUAGAGAAUACAUAGAUUGUCUGGUCAUUCUACAGGACAAAGCUCUCAGCAGACGGCCUCAUGAGGUUGAAGAGCUGUUUAGGGAAGACUUUGGGACAACUCCUCAAGAGAUGUUUGCCGAGUUUGAGGAAGAACCAAUUGCUGCAGCUAGUCUUGCUCAAGUGCACAGAGCCGUGACAAAGGAUGGCAAAAAAGUGGCAGUCAAGGUCCAGUACAUCGACCUCCAAGACCGUUUCUAUGGUGACAUCAAGACCUGUGAAAUUAUUCUCGAGCUGAUUGGCUGGUUACAUCCGAAGUUUGGUUUUGCCUGGGCACUACAGGAUUUGAAAGGAACACUGGAGUUGGAGCUAGACUUUAUCAAUGAGGGUAAAAAUGGAGAGCGGUGCCUGAAAGAUCUCCAACACUUAAACUAUGUCUAUGUACCGAAGAUUUACUGGGAUAUGACCACCAAAAGAGUAUUAACGGCGGAAUACAUUGAGGGCUGUAAGAUCAGUGACUCUGUAGCUAUCAGGGAUAUGGGACUCUCUCUGAAAGAUGUAAAUCAAAAACUAGUGAAGUGUUUCUCCGAACAGAUUUUCCUUUCUGGGUUUGUGCAUGCUGACCCACAUCCAGGAACAGUCUUUGUACGGAAGGGAAAAGACAACAAGGCAGAACUUGUGUUACUGGACCACGGUCUGUAUGAUAUCCUCACGCCUUCCCAUCGACAGUCCCUAUGCCACUUGUUCAAGGCAAUUGUUAUGCAUAAUGAGGAAAACAUGCAGAAAUAUUCUCUAGAACUCGGGGUGGAAGAUCACAUUAUAUUUGGAGAAAUCCUACUCCAGAGGCCAGUGUUACGCAGAAGUUUCCACCUCCCAAACCGAAUGACUGAUAAAGAUCUAGAACACAUGAGAAUCAUGGCACAAAAGCAAUUUGACAAAAUCAUGGCUGUUCUCAAAGACAUGCCACGGACAAUGCUGCUGCUUGUCAGGAAUAUGAACACUAUACGAGCCAUCUGUAGAGAACACGGACAUGUGGUAGACAGAUACGGAAUCAUGGCCAGGAGUGCUAUCACAGGCUGCCAGAAGACAGGAGAGUUCCACUUGACUCUGUCGGGGAGAGUACGAGCAUGGUGGGAGAGGUGUAUAUACGAUUAUAAUAUACGACUGGAGAAGAUGAAGAUGUGGGCAGGCGUUGUUUUUAUACGGAUCAUGGCCUUCCUAGGUCGCAUGCCUGAUCUGGACAAAAUUCAGAAGAUUGUCAAGGAACAAGAAGAUAAAACCAGGGCCUUCAACAGUGAUGUGUACACAUGACAACCUUGAUCCCAGAGACAAAAAGGAAAUAUGUCCAAUCACUGUGGUCACAAAAUAACAAGGCCCUACAUGAUUGCAAACUGGAUGUGGGCAUGUAGACUAGCCAUGCCCUCAGUAUUGGGAUCUGGAUGUGGGCAAAAAGACUAGCCAUGCCCUCAGUAUUGGGAUCUGGAUGUGGGCAAAAAGACUAGCGAUGCCCUCAAUAUCGGGAUCUGGAUGUGUGCAUGAAGACUAGCGAUGCCCUCCGUGUUGGGAUCUGGAUGUGGGCAAAAAGACUAGCGAUGCCCUCAAUAUCGGGAUCUGGAUGUGUGUAUGAAGACUAGCGAUGCCCUCCGUAUUGAUAUUUGGAUGUGGGUGUAAAGACUAGCGAUUCCCUCGGUAUCGGGAUGUGGGAAUACAAUGUGCCCAAAAUUAAGAUAGAAAUACAAAAAGUAAUUUAUUUGGCAUAUUAGGAGGAUAACAGUACUGUUCAUUAAAGCGUCUAAAGAAAAUCUGAUCCACAAAGAUCCUCUCAAGAUGUUGAUAUGGAUAGACUGACGAGGGAUUUAAGAAUGAUACAUGUACGUAGUACGUUUUCCUUGUGGUGCUUGUGUCAUGGAAUUGUCAUUAAGUCUUCACUAAUUCUUAUUUGUCAGAUAAUGAAUCCUGGGAGGAGUAUUUAUUAAAACAAUAUUCAAAUUUAUUCUGAUUUUAUCUGGGAAUAUUAUUUAACAAGGUAAAAAUCUGGGAACCUGACUGUCAAUUACAUCCACUUUUGUGUAACAUAUGAGAAGUGGUUUUAAAAAGACCUAGUCAUUUCUUUUAUAUGACCUUUGAUGAAACUUUCAAAAUUGAAUUAAAAUAUUUGUAUUCUUUUAAAUGAAAGUAGAUGAACUGGUCAUUCCACAAACAUUCAAAUCUUGUUAUUUGGAUUUCCGAUAACUCAAAGACCCAACGUAAUUUACUUUAAAUAAACGUUCAUUUCCGACGGUAAAAAUUCCAUUUAAAAUAUACUCAUACCUCAAAUACUCGGGAUACCUCAUGUUUUUUUUAUGGCCUCAUAGACUUUUCCAGAUAUCCGGGUUAGACUGAAUUUAAAGUGAAAAGGUCCCCUGGAUAAUAGUUGUUUUAAUUUACCCAAGAACAUUUAUUUAAAUGAAACUUAGACUAGUAUUAUAUAAUACAUAAUUGUAUGUAAUAGGUAACUUCUAUGUGUAGUGAUAUGAUUUUUAUUAUAAAUAAUAUAAUUCAUUUUUACACUUUUCUGUAAUAUUUAUAGAUUUACAAUAAAGUUGUGUCAUUUAUAAGCAAA